CCUGGAUGCAGGCGCGUUUUGUACUGAUCUCAUCCAUCCCGCCCCUCCGUACUAAAUGUCAAGACCCGUCCACCGUCAUCCGUUUACCUUGGCCUGGCUCUCUCUUCUUUUGAUAUUCAAGUUUGUAACUGUGCCUCUCGUCUCUCUACUGUCUCUUUUACGUUCAUCCUUGUUCGACCCGGUAUUGCCAUUUGUUCAGGGUUUUCGUUCAUCCUACCAUUCUCAUAGUCCUCCGUCUGCUGUCAAGCAUCUCUGCUGCAUUGUCCAGCCCUACUCGACUUUUUUCGCACCUACUGCAUCUCACGCCGCAGUAUUCAAUUCUUCGCGCGUUUCUAUACGUCCUCGAAAAAUAGCCAAGCUAUCGCAUCACCCCUGCUCCUAACGAGCUCCAAUCCUUUUCUUUCGAGUGGGACAUCACGCUUGGAAACCUGACGUACCUAGAGCAACGCAGAGCAACGCGACUUGUCUAGCCGCGUACGGGUACGUACCCACCUUGGUGGGUCUCCACAACUCAUCUUCCUUACCC